GACCGUCAAAUGUCAAGUACAAAUAAUAAAAAACCACAAAACUAUGUACUUGUUUUGUUCCACAUUGUUAAAAGUGUUUUAAACCUAAAAGUUAACUUAAUAUCUUUUCGGUUUUAAAAAAAAACUACAUUUCUAUAAAAUCAUUAUAAGUUUAACAGCGUAGAUAUGGUGCGCUUUAAAAAUAGGUACAUAACUGUCGAAAUAGUUUCACCAACAGUGCCAGAGUAUAAAGCUCUAUCAUUGAAAUCAAAAUUGUUUAAUGAUAUGAUCUUUGAAAAAAUCCAGCAGUUACAUGGCGAUUUUGGUGUAGCAGCAGUUAAAAAUGGAUUUCUAACAAAAUAUUGUAAUGAAAAUACUAGGAUAGCAAUUAUUAGAUCAAGACAUGGCCCACAUAGGUUUGUCACAAGUAGUUUACCUUUUAUUACUAGAAUAGGUAAAUUAGAAGUUAGUUUAAAAACUCUCCAUGUGGGUGCCACCUUAAAACACAGUUUUAAGUUUAUACAGAACCAUCAACGGUUAUAUUUAGAAAAUAUGUGGUCAAAACUAAGAACUGAUGAAGAAAGAAAUGCCUUUGAAGUUGCUGUAAAGGACUUUACAAAAACUGAUAUCUCAUUAAAUAUUGAAAGAAUUGCUUAUUUUAUUUUUUUAUUUUAAAAUAUACAAAAUCUU